AUGGCCGAGCCACUGGCGAGCCGCGUGGUCCCCGCGCCCUAUCAGAUCAGUGACGACGACAAGCGCGGCCUCGUCAUGGUCGUCACCACCACCACUGUCUGUUUUGUAGCCUGUUGUUUGGCCGUCAGAAUCUACAUCCGCACCAAUGUCAGGGAGUGGAAGCGCGACGAUUCUCUGCUGGCAGUGACGACGCUCUUCUCCUUCUUCCAGGCAGCAACUGUCUAUCUGCAAGUCCAGGAGGGCCUUGGCCUCAAACACCUCGACCCCGCCAGGCUGAGUCGCCUCGGAAAGGCCAACCUCGCCCAGCAGCUUCUCUACAUCUUCACCUUGUUUCUCUCAAAGCUGGUCGUCUGCCUCUUGUACCUGCGCUUGACCGCCUCGAAGAAGCAUGCAGUGCUCGCCUACGGGACAAUGGCCUUUUGUGCCGCCUGGAUCGUCACCUCUUUCGUCAUGAUUUCCAUCAACUGCAACCCCGUUGCCAUCUUCACCAAGGGCCUCGACGUCUGCGGAGACUUCACUUGGCGAUGGCUUGUCAUUGGCAUCUUCGACUGCCUUACCGAGCUUCUCAUCUUUUUCAACGCUAUAUAUCUCGUUGCCGGCCUGCACAUGGCCCUCCGUCUCAAAGUCAUCGUCAUCCUCGCCUUCAGCAUCCGUCUUCCUGUCAUCAUCGGCUCCGCCCUCCGCAUGCACUACAUCCGCGGCUUCGUCCACCCCGACUCGGAACCCACCUCCUUCCACAGCGCCUACUCGGUCAUCUCGGGCCAGUUCCAGCUCGACUUCGCCAUCAUGGCCAGCACCAUCUCGUGCAUCGGGCCCUUCCUGCGCCCCUUUGAGAAGGAAGGCGGCGGCGGCAGCAGCUACCGCCGCCGCUACUACGCCAGCCACCACCACGACCAAUACCCUUCCCAACACCACCGCAGCGGCGGCGGCGGCGGGCACCGCCGCUCCUUCAACGACAACAUCUCCUUCGACACCGCCAUCCAGAUGGGUCCCGUCAACCACCACCACCACGGCGGCAAGCCGACCGCAUUGCCGCUGUCGUCGUCGUCGUCGUCGUCGUCAUCCGGCGCAAAGAAGCACCAGCACCAGCACCAGCACAAGCACAAAAUCAGCCUCGGCCACCGCGGCAGCGCCUUCUUCAUCCGCGCCGCCUCGCCCGCGCCGGGUUCGGGCGACGGGCCGCCGGCUGGGAUGUCGCUGGAGCUGCGGCCGGACUUUUGCGAGCACGCCGCCGGCGCCGCGCGCGGCAGCACCGCAAACGCGACGGAGCUGGACCAGCUGAGCCUAGAGAGCAACGACAGCAGGCGCAUGAUCAUCGCGAAGAAGACGACGUUUAGGGUCGAGAGCGAGGGCGGUGGCGGUAGCGGCGGCGGGGGCGGGGAAUGGGAUCGGCAGGGAGGAGGGGUUGAUGUUGGAGCGGGCGGCGGUGGUGGUUGGGGGCGGUUUGCGGGGCCUGGGGGGGAGAGGAGGAGCGCGGGGAGCGUGGCGGAUGUGGGGGUUGGGAGGGCGUAUAGUCGGGACUGA